AUGAUCUCGGCGCCGCAGGGGAAACGCUUCACACCAGUGACCAGCAGCCUGCGCUGGCAGAGCUUGAAGAGGCUUGCCUCUGGCUGUCAGGGCGAGUACAUAUCAGCUGCUGGCGACUCCGUCUUGCGACUUCCAGAGGCGAAAGUGGAGGAUGUGGAUCCGCUGGAAGUCAUGCAAGUCGGCCGGCAGGAAGGAACUCUUAAGGAGCCUUUCGCUGCACGGCUCUACGAGGUCGACGAGGUGGUGACCUCAACACGGGCAAUGCAGAUCUGUGAGGAACUGGAUCUGAGUGACGAGUACUUGAUGGAGUCCACUGCUGUAGUCGUCACGCAUGCGCGAAGCGCAAAGGACAGAGAGCUGCCCUUGAACUGGGACAAGGUAAUGGUUUUCGUGGCUCCUCCUGCGAUGAAGCUUGUCACUCACCUCGCCGCAUGCGUGGAGCUGUCCAAACUUAAGUUCUCUGCCGGUACUGAUGACGAAGAAGGUGUCAGACUGAAAGAUACUGGCCGCUAUCUCGAUGCUGCUCGCAUUGGCAACUGCUCCGCCAUCUUCUUUCACUACUCUGAAGGCGUCGAUUUGGAGUUCACUCUGCGUCCGGCAGACUCCGAUGACACGCAGGACUUCGAGAACAAGAUGCCCAUCACUCACCACCUCGCGUUUCCGAUGGAGUAUGGCAAUGUAAAGAUCGAGAUCAACAAGCUGAUGGAUAGGCUUGGCAUUCUUCCAGCCUUGGACCUGACGCGCCUCAGCUUAGUGAUGUAUGAGAUGGUGAUUCACCGACACUGGAUCCUUCAUCACAUCCGACUCUUCCCGGGAGGGAUGUACGAGUUCAUGCAGGACAGGAACGGGCUGCAGGCGCACUUCGACGUGAACAGCGAGGUGCAGCAUCAGCUCUCCGAGCUCCCGCCGCCCCCCAAGCGCCAGAUGGACGUGCACUACUACUCCAGCAGAGCCUUGCAAGCCACCAUCUUGGCCUUGAGGCAUCUCUUCGCGCUCGAGGCUGUCUUUGCAGCAGCAGACAAGAGGAAGGUUUCGGAAGCACCUGAGGAUGUCACCCAUGGCAUCCAGAUCUUCUGCAGAAGUCGCAGCAGAUCUGCUGCGGAUGAGUUUGAGGACCUGGAGUCCGAGGAGCAAGAUCCGGAGAUCUGCAGAGACCCCGGCAGGAGAGGUUCUGGCGGCGUCGUGCUGGAUGUUUCUACAGAAGCACCUGACUUCGAAGAUGUAAGUGACGUAGAAGACUUCACCUUCGCUGUCAGAAGAGAGAUUUAA